AUGAAGAAAACUAUCCUAUGCAUGCAAACACCAAAUGUGGAUUCACCACUUUUGAAGCAACCUGAAAUUAUAUCAGAAUAUGACUUUAUCAUUCAAGAGAUUACAUCAAGAGAUCAAUUACUUGAAUGUUUGAAAUCGUUAAAGGAUAAGAAUGCUAAUAUUGUUGCAAUUUAUGGUGGAUUUGGAGCAUUUCCAAUGAUAGGAGGUCUUACCUCUGAGUUAAUAAAUGAUCCUUUAUUCCCAUCUGAUACUUUAAAAUGUAUUGCACUAUGUUCUCGUGGUUAUAAUGGUUACGAUCUUAAUUGUUUAAAAGAGCAUAAUAUCGCACUUUAUAAUUACCAAGAUACAGAACAAGAUUCUCUAGUGACUCAAUUUCAAAUUGAUCAAGUUGGUAAUGAUGUUGCUGAUUGCGCUCUUUGGCAUGUCCUUGAAGGAUUUAGAAAAUUUAGUUAUCAACAAUCAUUAUUGCGUAAAAAUGGUCAUACUGUAAAUACAAGAUCUAUAAUGGCCAAUUCAUCUGAAGCUAACAAAUUUGCAUUUGGACAUGAAUUAACUAAUAAAAUGCUAGCUUCGUCUCCAAAGGGUAAAAAAUGCCUCCUAUUUGGAUUAGGAUCCAUUGGUAAACAAAUUGCUAUAAAAUUACAAAUAGGGUUAGGAAUGGAAGUACAUUACACAGCAAGACAUGAGUCAAAGGACAAGGAUCAAGAUGGAUUUAAUUGGAAAUUUCAUAAUAUUGAAACUUUAUUAUCCCAGGACGUUGAUUCUGAAUUAAAUCAAUUCAAUGCUAUUGUGAUCGCUUUACCUGCUACUCCACAAACCUAUCAUUUAAUAAACUCACAAUUUUUACAAAAAUGUAAUAAACAACUUGUAUUAGUAAAUAUUGGUAGAGGCGAUAUUAUUGAUAUGGAUGCUAUCAAUGAAGCUAUAAACAAUGAACAAAUUAGACAUUUUGGUACAGAUGUCUUUCAUGAUGAACCUAAAGUCGAUAACAUUCUAAGAGAGGAUAUCUUACAAACUACAAUUACACCUCAUGUUGGUAGUGCUACUUCAGAGUUAUUCUCUCAAAGUUGCGAACUCGCUUUAAUGAAUAUUGUUAGAACAACUAGUGAUCGUUUUAAAAGUGAGCCUAACAACAGCGAUGCAGAAUUAUGCCGUGUUAUAUAA